GUGACGAAAAUUCUCAUGUGCACGCCAUUCUUACCAGCGAUAACCUGCUCGAUGGCACCAUUGAAACGGCCGAUGAGCACUAUUAUGUAGAACCUGCGCAACGCUAUUCCCGCGAAUUGCCGGCAACGGGUGUGCACAGCGUCAUUUACAAAGUAAGCGAUGUGCAAAUGCGCAAGACUGCUGCGGCAGAACAUUGUGCCAGCGAACGAUUGCGCCGUGAUAUGCUGCUAAGUGAUUUGAAGCGACGGAAAGCGGUCACGGCCAAAGCGGAAGUGCCAAAAUUGCUGGAGCGGCACAAACGUUGGCUGCCGGAUGAGGUAAUUACAAACACAAAAGCCGAACCAAUUAUGCGAAUGCAUGCCAUUGCGCGCCGCCCAUUGUUGAUGGAAAGUCCAUUUGAUUUUAACAAUGAUGGCAAGCCAGACAAUAUAACAUUUAUGAUUAAGCGUAUCAAGGUGCACAAUAUGAAUGCGAUCAGGGAUCCAAGUUAUCGAUUUCCAGGCAAUUAUGGGGUAGAAAAGUUUCUGGAACUAUUUUCAGAGGAAGAUUACGAUGCUUUUUGUCUGGCAUACAUGUUUACAUAUCGAGACUUUGAGAUGGGUACCUUAGGCUUAGCUUGGACUGGUGACCUAAAAAAUGCGGGGGGAGUUUGUGAGAAAAAUGGACACUACCGCGGCUCUCUUAAGUCCCUAAACACUGGCAUUGUGACACUACUCAAUUAUGGUAAACAUGUUCCUCCGGCUGUAUCGCAUGUGACAUUGGCGCAUGAAAUUGGACAUAAUUUUGGUUCACCGCACGAUCCGGAACAGUGUACGCCUGGCGGUGAGGAUGGUAAUUUCAUUAUGUUUGCCCGCGCCACAUCGGGUGAUAAAAAGAAUAACAACAAAUUCUCCCCAUGCUCACUUAAAUCCAUAGAACCGGUGCUAAAUGCAAAAGCACGUAGCGCCAAAGGCUGUUUCACCGAGCCGCAGGCAUCAAUUUGUGGUAACGGUGUUGUUGAGCCGGGCGAACAGUGCGAUUGCGGCUGGGAGGAGGAUUGCAAGGACACAUGUUGUUUCCCAAUGUCACGUCAUCCGCGCAUCGACGAGAAGCCAUGCACACUAACACCGCGCGCCAUGUGCAGCCCAUCACAGGGACCAUGCUGCACUGGCGAUUGUAAAUUGAAAUUCGGCGAUAAGUGUCGCGAUGACAACGGCUGUCGCGAUCCGAGCUUCUGUGAUGGCCGCACGCCGCAGUGUCCGCCCUCGGUGAAUAAGGCAAACAAGACUAUUUGCAAUAAGGAAUUCGUUUGUUAUAUGGGCGAAUGUACGGGAAGUAUUUGUUUGGCCUAUGGCCUCGAGUCAUGCCAGUGCAUACCGGGUCCAACCGAUGACACAAUUAAAUCGUGCGAAUUAUGUUGUAAAUUGCCUGGCGAGGGCAAUGCAUGUCGCAGUUCGUUUGAAUGGAAUGAGCCACCAUUCGAUGUGCCGGACAUGUUCGCAAAGCCAGGCACACCAUGCAACGAUUACAAUGGAUAUUGUGAUGUAUUCCAAAAAUGUCGCGAAGUUGAUCCAUCGGGACCGCUGGCAACACUACGUAAAUUGCUAUUGUCAGAAGAAAGUAUUGCAACAUUCAAGAAAUGGGUGCAACAUAAUUGGUAUACCGUUGUGUUGGCAGCGUUGGGUGUAUUUAUAUUACUGAUACUCAGCACGAAGCUGCUGGCGAAGCGCUCGAAUCUGAAACUAAAAUCGGUGACCAUAAUACACAGCGCCACCACCGAAACCGUGCGUCUACCCGACGACAACAACGGCGUCAUCGUGCAUACGGCCGUCCGUACAAAAGUUCCGUUCAAGAAAAAAGUACGUGGCGAGCGCAGCAACAAAAGAAAGAGCGCCCACAGGAGCGGCAGUAAUGGGAAUAUACGCGCUGGCAAGGCGAAAGAUGGCGGUGGAAAGGUGGCCGCGAAGACCGGAGGCGAGUUGACUGCGAAGUCGGCGCACGCGCAUAGUCGAGGCGGAAAGCUGAGCAACGCGGCGGUAACAGCCGGACUGACGUCAGCGGGUGGUGCCAGUGGCGUAAAUGAUGAAGUCUCGAAACCCUCGCGCACCAAAAAGAAUCGCGUGGGUAGCGGUGGUGGUGCGACUGCAUUGAAAACUACGCCAGUUGCAACAGCGCUUGGCACACCUUUAGCUACCACAGUUGGUGGCGCUAAACUGGAGAAUGAAACGAAGUCGAGGUCGAAGCGCUUCAAGAAGAACAACAAAGAAAUCAUUGACUAUUCGUCACGCAGUGGUGCUGACGCGGCGAGCGUUAGCGGGAAUGCGCACACCAAUACCUUUGGCAAAGUGCAAAAGUGGUUGUUAGAGUCGCCAAUUGUUGUACAGCCACUAUCGCAUAUUGAGCACUCUUCCAAAAUACGAAAGGUGAUGAGCAAAUCGCAGUCCACGCCCGAACGCCUCGUACAGAAAUCGCCGCAAAAGUCAAAGUCGGUUACGAAUCUUGUCAAUGACAAGGUGAAACUGCAGGUAGUCUAUAAGCCGCCCUUCAAAUUCGCGCUGCGGCUUUCCAAGAAUAUCAAGGUUAAAACGCACGUAAUUGGCGGCGCAGUCAACAAGCCGAAGCGACAGACACGCACUAGUACAAACGCAGCAGCGAAUGGUGCGGAUGGUAAACGCAAAAGCAGCAAUCAAAAUAGCGAGGGUAGCAAGAACUCUGGCAGCGGCGGUGGUGAGGAGAUGAAGUGCAAGCGCAUUGCGCUGCUACUCCGCAACAAUAACGAAGACAAUCAAAUAUUAACUUUAAAUGAACCGACCUACGAGACGCUAAAUCCGAAAACCCUGCCCUCCAAGAUGGAGAACCCUUUCUAUGAGAAUUUGCAAUGCAGCGCACAAACUGGCGAAAUGCGCGCCGCCAGCGCCGUCAACAACGACGCAGUGACCACCAAUAGUGCUUCGACGGCAUCAAACGCGAACGGGUCCAACAAAUUGAACGCGAGUGUCAGUAAAAUCCCAACAGACGCACAUACAGCUACUGUUGCUGGUGGCGCGUUACAAAAACAACGCGCACACAACUAUAACCGCUCCAAUUCAUUCUCAACUAACAAUCCAUUUGCCAGCAGUCAUGCAGCAGCGACUAGCGCGCGGAAACUGAGCGAAAGUAAUACCAUGCAGCAGCAGCAACAGCACGCGCCACCCGCCAGCAAUUUGGGACGAAACUUUGGAAGCACACAAAACCUCGGUCAGGCGGCGCAAAAUCAAAAUCAUUUAGCCAAAUCGAAGAAGCGUAGCAGUUUAAACUUAAAGUUGAACAGCGCCUCUAAAAACAGCAAAGAUCCGCCGGUAGCGGCACGGCGCAGCAAUUCAAAUAUGAAUUUACGCAGCCAUGCUGCGGCCAGUACAUAUCAGCCAAGUACCUUCCCAAAUGACGCACAAAACUUCGUAGCAACCACAACCACCAACACAGCCACUUCCACAUAUGCCAGCAGCAAUGGCGCCAAUGCGACUGCAAUAGUCGCUGCGGCUGUGCCUAUACCCACAGAGCGGCAGCUGCGGCGCAGCUCCAGCAGUAUAGCCUAUCAAAAUCAGCCAAAAUCCAACAGCCAAGGGACAGCCAGCAUUGCAAAUGCCAGCUCCGCGCUGCCGGCAACUACUUUUACGACGGCGCUCCCUGCCGCGCACACUAGCUUCAGCAACAUACCACGUGCCAGCCUCAGUGCCGCGCUCAACAACGGCGCCAACGCCAAUGCCAAUGCCAACGCCAGCGGUGCCAGCCCGAAUUCUGCUGGUGUUCUAGGCAAUUUUAAUUUUAGUCGCGUAACAGAUGCGGACCAACUAGUCGCGGUGGGAAGCUUGUCCAGUCAUAGCAGUCAAGGUAGUAGUCACGCAAGCCACCCCAGCCACAACAGUAGCCACAGUAGUCACAGCAACCACCAUGCACCAGCACGCCACGAGCACCGACGUAGUCGUAGCAGCGCACAUUCCACAACAGCACCGCCAUUAGCCACCACUGCCAAGUCAAAUGCCACCGCUCCUCCAGAACAACAACAAAAACGUUCCAACUCCAUAAGACAGUUGCAGCAUAGCUAUCAUCCGCCGCCGUUACCGAACAUUGCAACGUCCAGUAAUAGCGGUCAGGGUGAAUAUGAGCUGCCAUCUGAUUUGGAAGUACUAUUGUCUGAUGUGGAAAAUAAUUUAGUCAGUUAAGGGUUAAUAGUUGUAAGCAAAAGGUGUUCGCUUAGCUAAUUGGGUAGCGGGGUAUUAUUGUAAAAGAAUUAAGUUAUUAUUAUAGAGUUGUUUUCAUGUGAGUUUUCAGCAUUUCAGAAUGAAAAUUAGGCUGACUUCCAAAACGUGUCAAUACAUUCUUUGGAUACUGUUCUACUGCGGUAUUGAAACUGUUUGUAUACAUAUACAUAUACAUUGCACAUUUUAAAUAUUCAAUAUAGCAAUGAACCAGUUUUCUGAAUUUUCCAUUUUUUAAACACC